AUGGCUUCCUUAAGUGGCAAAGUGCAGACAGUUUGGGGCCUUAUGGAACCAGAUCAGCUUGGCCGGACCUUAACCUAUGAACAAUUGACCAUUACCUUUGACUGAAGCUACUCCCCUCACUCUUCAGGCCAAGAAGCUUUGCCUAAGGAACACUUUGUGACAAAGAACUUGUUUUGGAUUCAGAAGAACCCAUAUUCCCACAAGGGGAACGUUCAACUAAAUCAGGAGACUGAAGCCAUCAAGGAAGAGCUCCUAAAUUACAAAGCUAAUGGUGGGAGGCCUCUGGUGGGAAACACAACUGCUGGACUUAGGUUUAUGGAAGAGACUGGGGUCCAUAUCAUCUCUGGGGCUGGAUUUUAUGUGGAUGCCACACAUUCUCCAGAACAGACAGGUGCCAUGUCAAUAGAACAGCUGGCUGAUAUUCUUAUUAAUGAAAUACUACAUGCAGCUGAUGGGCCCAACAUCAAAUGUGGAGUCAUUGGAGAAAUUGGCUGCUCCUGGCCUCUCACCACAAGUGAGAAUAAGAUACUUCAGGCAACAGUCCAUGCACAGUCUCUGCUUGGAUGCCCAGCUCUCAUCCACCCUGGUAGGAAUCCACACUUACCCUUUAAGAUUAUAUGAAUCUUGGGGCAGCUAGACACUGGGGCAGACGGCUCCAAGACAGUUAUGUGUCACCUUGACAGGGUACUGCUACUGGUGGAUGAAGGCUAUGAAGACAAACUUCUGGUUGCUCAUGACAUACAUACUAAACAUUGGUUGAUGAAAUAUGGGGCUCAUGGCUAUUUACAUAUCCUCACUGAUAUAGUUCCUAAGAUGUUAAUUAGAGGCAUAUCUGAGGAUGCAAUUGAGAAGAUAUUAGUAGAAAACCCCAAAAGAUGGCUAACUUUCAAAUAGUAAAAUCAUUUUGAAUCUUACACAUGAAAUUGACAGAGAAAAUCCAACUAUUUGAAACCAAGCCAGUUUGAGGUGGGGGGGGGGAGGGAACGGGUGUGAUGACUGGGGCAAACAUGUGGGAAAUUAUCCAGAGCCCCUCACGGCUAAUAAUCUUUUUUUUUUUUAAUUAGAAUAAUGAGAGGUUUGCCUUAUCUCUGAAUCCGGCUCCCUCUAAUACUAGUUUUCCUUAGUUAAAAAAAAAAUUGAGAAAUACCUGUUCCCAAACAAUGAUUUUAAUCCUAUACUUAGCAAAUAAUUGGACUCUUUUGAAGAUUCAUCAGCUGCACUACUUGAGAAAAUUUAAACUGUUUCCAGUUAAAUUACCCCCCCUCUGGAGCAAUUUGAGGUUUCCUGUAAUAUUGAUGAUCCUACUAAUUAUCCUGCUGUUCUUUAAUUAAUGCUUAACGAAUAAUAUGGCACUAUAAAGUAGCUUCUGUAGCAAGUGAACUUGAGAUUUUUAAGUUUUUUUCUUCAAAAGAUACUGUCACCAAUUAAAUGCAUUAGAAUAUUUUAAAUGAAAUAUCCAACGUAUGUUUUCUCUCUCUUACACACAUGCAAACAAUAAAAGCAGACCCCUCUCCUCACUGCAUUCAGAGGUCCAUAUCUGUUUUGUUCUAAAUUUUGUUCUCAUGCUUUUGGAAAUGUGUAAGCAUGAACCACAUGGCUACUCGCUUUGAAUUAUAAAAAUGCAAUAAUAAAAGUUGAAAUAUAUUACAUAAUAUAGUUUAAUGAAUUAUCAUCAUUACAUGUAUAACAAAGGCUACAAUUUAAUUGGUUUGUAAGAUAUGAUGCAAAAUAAAUAAAUAAAUAAAUAGAUAGAUAAAUAAAAGAAAUGUUUGCCUUAUACGUUUUCCCAUUUCUUUUGUGUACUUUUUAUUUGAAUAUUUUUCUCUGGGCCUAAAUGGGGGGUAAGCAACGGUUAUUUAUCUGAAGAAAAGGUCAUAUCUAUUAGAAAUGACAGUCUUGAUUUUUAGAGCUUGGUACCCAGCUCUGGGUUGUUGGUUUUUCCCCCUGUGGAAUGAAGUCCUUUUAUUAACUCCUUGGUGUACCCUGCUCCUAAAAUAAAUCUUUUGUUUGAAUGCUUACUUUUCUAGUUGAUACACACAGCGCUUCCCCAAACUUUGCUUCCAGUUUCCUCUGCAGUAAACAUACAUGUCCACAAUUAUAAAAGUCUGUUAAGUGGAAGGGAAGUCCAUUUUAAUUUUUUUUUUAAUGAAAUAGCUUAGCAUUAGAAAGACCUAAGAAGAUUAAUCAUCACACUUGGUGAGUAUCUUCAGGCUUUUUCAUCUGGUAAAGCAUGGUAUUUGAUCAGAUUGGGGCAUGUCACUGGGGGAAAACAGGAACUAUAAAUAAAUAUAUUGAUGAACAACAAUACUGCUUUUUUGAGAUCUUGGUUAGGCUACCUUAGACAUUUACUGAAAAUAAGCAUAGCGGAGCUACGACAAUGAUCCAUAGACUCAGAACGGAACUGUCCCAAAAGAGACAAGUCAAAGAGACAAACUGUUUCUUGAAAAAAAAAAAAAAAGAAAA